AUGCAACAAGUGCGUCGCGCCAGCGAGGAGAGAGAGAGUCGACGAGAACGAAACGUCACGUAGAGGCUACCUGAGAGGUCGACCGCGGCUGCGUCCGCGAAUCGCGACCCCCCUGACCUCUGCUAAUUAUCCUCGGGCGAUCAGCUUCGUUUCACGCCUGCGAGAGGCGCGAUCGUUUGCAAAAACGAAAGAACGGCCGCGCGAAUGCAGAGUCUCUAGCAAGCAUUCUAUCUUCUAUAAAUCUUCGAUCGAUUCAUCGAUCAGUCGAUGACCACCGAAACGAGACAAGACGGGUCUCCGUCUGAUCUUUAAGUCUUUUUCGUCGAGUCUGUAAGUUUUUCUCUUCUUUCUCCUCUGUCAUGUCAGAUCAGAGUUUUCAAGUCUUCUCUCUCUUUUGCUCACUUAGUAGUUCACUUCUGUUCAGAUCUGUCAGAUCUUACUUUUCUAGGAAGAGCAAGGUACGUUGAUUCUCAAGGUAUCACCGGUGGUUGGAUUUAUUUCCAGUUCGAUGCGUCGGAUCGGACCGACGAGAAUCGAAAAGCUCUCGACGAGAAUAGAAAAGAGUUGGCGAACGGCGGAGAAUCCAGGCGGGGGUCAGGCACCCGCGUUGUGGAAUGGAAGUCAAAGGAAACGGGCCUCGAACGGACGACCACGGGGAAGAUCCGUUUCUCUGGACGAUCUCUAGAACGGGUGCAUCUCGAGUGUUGGUCACCAGUCUCGCGGCUGUCGCUCGAUACUGCGCCGACCGAUUGCCAAAGAAAAUGAGCCUGGACUGCCUUCGAAUGCUCGCCGCGUGCCUAAUCUUCGUGAUGCCACGUUCCCUCACUUACGUUCUACUCUAUCCCAUUUUCAGAUUAGUGUUCGGCAAUUUGUACCCGGCCUACGCGUCGUACAAGGCAGUGAGGACGAAGAACGUGAAAGAAUACGUUUCCGUUUUACUAUGAGAUCAAGACUAUCCUGGUGAUCUGGUUGCUGAGCCCGGCAACCAAGGGCUCGAGCAUCCUCUACAGACGUUUCGUCCAUCCAGCUUUAAUCCGGCGUGAGGCCGAGAUCGACGAGGCUUUAGCACGUGCUACAGAGCAGGGUUAUUCCGCAGUGUUGCACCUUGGAUCGAAAGGUGUGAAUUAUGCAACCACGGUUCUCAUGCAAACCGCGAUCAAGGUAAGUUUUGGACUUACGAGUACAACACUCGCUUACGAAUACCGUAACGAUGAAUCCGACCGUCUUGUCCGAUAGAAAUUCCAAUCAGUCUGUGGACAUGUAUUUAUGAGAAAUAUAAAUAUAAAACGUAAUAAUGUAAACUUCCCUAUUGGUUAAAAGUUUGACACGUAGAUUUAAUAUCAACAGAGUGAUUUUCUUGCUUAGAAUAUUUUAGUACAUUGUCUGAAAUGAAUGUAUCUCUCAUCGUUGUGCAAUGCGAUCAAAAACAUGAAAUUAAACGCUAAAACUAAGACGGGUAAUUAAAACAAAAUUUGCAAGGGAUAGGAAACAAUUUGUGACACAGUAACAAAUACAAGCUCUCAGUUAUUUUACGAAAUUUUACGAAAACAAUAUAUCAUUGUAGAACUUUCAUUUUCCCACUUUCAGCACCUUGAAAGUUCUGAUGAAAUGUUAA